UCGGAGGGCCGCGUGUGGCGGAGGAGGGGCCUGGCCCCGAGCACUCCCCGUGUUAGAGCGUCCUCCUGAUCUGCAGACUCCCGCUUCCCUUCCUUCUCCCUCUCUCCAAAAUCCCUCCAAACUGAUUUUCCACCUUUCUCCCGCUAAAACCAGGAGGUAGUUCAGAAAGGGUUGGAAUGAAAUUCCCCCCUUUUGGGGGGGAAUUACUUUUCUUAAGAAAUUCAGAAGUUCAGGCCUGCAGAACUGACUUGUGAUUAACACAGUGAAUGUUUCCAUUCUGCUGCAGAUCUAUGAUUUAAUAAUGACUUUGGAAUCCAUAUAAACACCCUCUUUCUUUAGCUCUGUGAUCACAGUUACCUCUCAACUCAUUAUAAACCUGGACUUCGUGCUGUGCUUUGCACAAAGAUUUUGUAUUUUUAUUCCAAAAAAAUAAUUUUGGGUAUGGUCAUGUUAGGAAAAAAUAGCAGGUAAAGCAAACGUACAGGUCUGUGUGAAAGGCAAGACAGGAUAGGGAAUAUUUUUUUAAAUUUUUUUUUUUUUAAAAAAAAGUCCCUUCGUACACCUGGGAUUUUUCUUGGUGGUAAAUAGUUCCCAUUUACAGCAUGGGCAUGGUAACUGGCAAUAGCAAGACAAGCUGUUGGGUCCCAGCUCAAUUUCAGGUGUGAUAUUUUCAAAAUUCAUUUUUCUUGUGAAAAUAAAAAUGUUGAUGCCUUUUACAAAGAUGACCUCAGCACAUGGGGCUGCACAUGUGCUGAACAGUUCAGGUUUGAAGCUAGAGAUUGAUGCUUCAGUGAAGCCCCAGUGAGGAUGAGUAGCUUAAGCUUCUUGGUCCUGUUAUUACUGUCUGGUACAUAAAAUCUUCAUCUUCUAGGGUUGAUUUGUGAAGGGGAGGGGAAGAAGAAAGAUCAACCAUUCACUACAGAAUGUUGUAUAAUCCUUCCUUCCUUUUCCUUGGGAAUGCUUGAAUUUGACUCCUACACUGUAUAUUCAAAAUACUCUCAUUGUUUUAAUUUAGUCCUGAACCAGUACUAACAAUAGAACAAGCAUUGCCCUAUAGGCACAGAUGGAGUUUCCAUAUGUUGAGAGAAACAUUAAAAGCAUUAACCUAGGAGAUAUCCUGCACCCCACCCCUUUGGUGCAGUGUCUGCUUUCAGAAAGAAAAUAGCUGAUAAAUAUUCAAGGCAGAUACAGUAGUGCAUUGUAUAUAAGCACAAACAUUAUAAAGCAUUCUUGUAUCGCAGCCUGAAGUAUAAGCAUACCCGACUUGCUGGAAAGCUUAUUCCAGGUCGUGGAGUACUUGGUAACCUCCUGGAAAUGGCUGACGUCCUUAAAACACAUCACAUAGGGUCUGGAGACCUUGCCACAGCAAUUGAAUGCUUCUGCAAUCAGGACUUUAUGAAUAUAAAAUCUUCGGUGGUCUUGCUGACUGUCCACCAAAACUGUGCGUGGAUGUCUACAUGGAUUUAGAUUUCAGAAAACAAUGGGAUCAGUAUGUUAAAGAACUGUAUGAGAAAACAUAUGAUGGUGAAAAAGUAAUCUACUGGGAAGUGAAGUACCCUUUUCCUCUCUCCAACAGAGAUUAUGUCUAUGUUCGUGAAUGUCGAGAGAUGGAUAUUGAUGGGCGGAAGAUCUGGGUUGUUUUAGCUCAAAGUGUGUCUGUUCCUCAGUGCCCUGAAAAGCCUGGUAUUAUCAGAGUCAAAAGCUAUAAACAAAGUCUGGCAAUUGAAAGUGAUGGCAAGACUGGAUCUAAAGUCUAUAUGUACUAUUUUGAUAAUCCUGGUGGCAUGAUACCAUCAUGGCUGGUCAAUUGGGCUGCCAAGAGUGGUGUGCCUGCUUUCUUGAAGGAUAUGCAAAAAGCUUGCCAUAAUUAUUCUAAGAGCACAUAGGUCAAAGUUGAUCUGAAUUGUUUAACACUUACAGGAGUGGCUGUUAUAUAUUACACUGGAUAAAAUCUACCUCUAAUAUUGGAAAUUAUUUUAUUUUAGUUGGUUUAUGCCUUUAAUUUUAUUAGAUCUUUGUUUCCAUCUCCAUCUGCAGAGCUAGACACUGACAAGGUAACACCAUCAGCUGCAUCCUUUUGAAAGUACUUAAGUUUAGCCUUGUACCCCAUGCUUUGCUUAGAUUGAUUGUCAUGUCAGCCAGAGGAGUUCUGUUGAGUGAAAUAUUACCUCCUCAGACAAGAGACAAUGAUCUUUAUAGGAAAAAUGUCUGAACUUGCACUGAAAAUUCUCUGCAUGCCUGGAUCUGCCUUUGUGGCCUUGCAGGGUGGCUUCCUACUGAAAUUGAAUAAUGGAACUUGUGUUGCUUAGGAGGAAACACUUUUGCUACCCAGGUUUGUCUGCCUGCUAUAAACUUAAAAAAUGCUGAGGACAUAUAGGUAAGAAGUCUGCGGUAGGAACUGGAACUCUGCAUUACUAAGCUUCCUUAUGAUGGCUUUAAGUCCAGAUAUAAAAGGACUUGUGCCUAAAGCCUUGCAUUCACAUCUCAAUACCCCUGUAUGAAAAGUAAAAACCAUUAGCUGUGUCCAGCUAGAAAAAAAGGAGGAGUUGGAUUCCAUGUCUGAUUUAAAGAGAACAAGUAAUAUCGUCAGCGUUAGUAGCCUUCUCUAUAAAGCAGCUUGGAUACCAACUUUAAAUCAGAAGUAAUUUUGAACUGGAUGCCUGCAACUGAAUGAACUUGAUGUGAAACUUGGUCUUGCUUGCAUUUUUAAAUUUCAUGCUGAUGUAAAGAAUGAAACUGUAAUUUUGGAUGGUAACCCACUAAAAGCACAACUGAGCAGGAAAUUAAGUAUCCAGCACCUUUGCAGGGUGGGGGGAGGAUGGAGUUGUGUAAAAGGUGAGAGGGCCUCAAUCUCAGGGAUUUAAAAUAUUCUGCACCGUUACUAAAUCUAAUCCUGUUACUGAACAAAUCUUGUAAUAGGGUAGCUUUGUCUUGUUAAAAAAGAAAUGGAUGAAAUGGUUGCCUUUAUACUUUGUGUAAAUGUUUGUUUCCAAUAAAUCAUUAUUCUAUCCAA